AGCUAAUGUCAUAUUCAGUACCAAAACACCCAACAGGUGUAAAGGGGGUGGAAAUUCAUUUCUCCAGUACACGUACUAAAAUCUUAUAUGCACACACGGACUUAAUAAUAGGGGAAUCAAACGUCUCUGUCUAUGACACUUUCUGCCCCGAAAUUUCAAACUGACAGACAGACAAUUUGUACUAGCAAAGAUUUGAUCUUACCUGUUUGUUGGUCGUCUAGUGCUUUUGAUUCAGGAUUAUGAUGUCAACAAGGGUACAAAUCAAACCGGUAGGACCCU